ACCGCGGCGGGCGGCCGGGCGGCGAGCAGGCCCGGGGGCCGGCAGGCUGCGGGCGGCGGCUCUGGGCCCGGCGCUACGAGAGAGGCCCCGAGAUGCCGAGCAAGAAGAAGAAGUACAACGCGCGGUUCCCGCCGGCCAGGAUCAAGAAGAUCAUGCAGACGGACGAAGAGAUCGGGAAGGUGGCGGCGGCGGUGCCUGUCAUCAUCUCCCGGGCGCUCGAACUCUUUCUGGAGUCGCUGUUGAAGAAGGCCUGCCAGGUGACCCAGUCCCGGAACGCCAAGACCAUGACCACAUCCCACUUGAAACAGUGCAUCGAACUGGAGCAAAAGUUUGACUUCUUGAAGGACUUGGUGGCAUCCGUGCCUGACAUGCAGGGGGACGGGGAAGACAACCACAUGGAUGGAGACAAGGGUCCUCGCAGGGGCCGGAAGCCAGGCAGCAGCGGCCGGAAGAAUGGUGGGAUGGGAAGCAAAGGCAAAGACAAGAAGUUAUCAGGGACAGACUCGGAACAGGAGGAUGAGUCUGAGGACACAGAUACUGAUGGGGAAGAGGACACACCGCAGCCUCCACCCCAAGCCAGCCACCCCCCUGCCCACUUUCAGAGCCCUCCGACCCCCUUCAUGCCCUUCGCCUCGACCCUGCCUUUGCCUCCGGCACCCCCGGGACCCUCAGCACCCGACGCGGAGGAUGAAGAGGAUUAUGACUCCUAGCGCCCUCAGGCUAUACCCCCUUUUAGUUGGUUUUAGUUAUUCUGGGGCGAGGAGAAAAGAUGGAGGUGUUCUUAAAUUUAUUAAAAAAAUGAGGAAAGAGCCUGUGUCUUCCCAGCCUUCA